AUGAGCAGUAGCGGCAACAGUAAGAGGGGGGGGGCGAAGGACGAGAGGAAGAACGCCUCGAGCAAGGAGGAGAGUCCCGUGACGGGGAGAGAUCGGGACGAGGGAUCGGGGGGAGCGAGCGCGGAUGGCACGCCGCAGCCGGGCAGCAAGCCUGGGUCGGCGGGGGCGAGCAGGGAGGCCGUGCAGAAGCUUCUCGCGCUCGCCGCGCGCGGGGAAUGGGCGCCCGUGGACCAGCUGCUCAAAUCUUUGGAGAAGGCGGCCCAGAGCGCCGGCGAGGAUGGAGGGCCCCUUCUUCCUCUCGCCAGCGUCAUGGACCCGGUCGGUCGAGGAUCCUCUCCCCCUUCUUUUCUACGAGGCUUCCUCUUUAAUCUUGCUCUUUAUUUCCAGGCGACGGGGAUGACGCCGUUGAUGUACGCCGUGAAGGACAAUCGUACGGGAUUGCUCGACCGGAUGAUCGAACUGGGGGCGGACGUAGGCGCCAGAAAUAACGACAAUUACAAUGCUCUUCACGUCGCAGCUAUGUACUCGAGGGAGGACGUGGUUAAGCUACUCUUGUCGAAACGGAGCGUCGAUCCUUACGCGACCGGAGGACCGAGGCAACAGACGGCUAUACACUUGGUCGCGUCGAGACAGACGGGUACCGCGACCUCCAUUUUGAGGGCUUUGCUGGCCGCCGCCGGGCGGGACAUCAGGUUGAAAGUCGAUGGGAAAGGAAAGAUACCGUUGCUGUUGGCGGUGGAAGCUGGGAACCAAUCGAUGUGCAGGGAAUUGUUGGCCCAACAGGCGCCCGAUCAGCUACGCGCGACCACCGCGACCGGCGAUUCGGCGCUACAUCUCGCGGCCAGAAGAAGAGACAUCGACAUGGUGCGGAUAUUGGUGGAUUACGGGGGAACAGUGGACAUGCAAAACGGCGACGGGCAGACGGCGCUGCACAUAGCGAGCGCGGAAGGCGACGAGACACUCGUCAAGUAUUUUUACGGCGUGAGAGCGUCGGCCUCGAUCACCGACCAUCAGGAUCGCACGCCCAUGCAUCUGGCUGCGGAGAACGGGCACGCUUCCAUCAUCGAGCUGCUCGCCGACAAAUUCAAAGCGAGCAUAUUCGAAAGGACGAAGGACGGGUCGACGUUGAUGCACAUAGCGUCGUUGAACGGGCACUCGGAAUGCGCGACGAUGCUGUUCAAGAAGGGAGUGUACUUGCACAUGCCGAAUAAGCGAGGGGCCAGGUCUAUUCACACAGCCGCCAAAUACGGCCACGUCGGGAUCAUAAGCACUCUUCUGCAACGAGGGGAGAAGGUGGACGCGACCACGAACGACAAUUACACCGCGCUUCACAUAGCCGUGGAGAGCGCGAAACCCGCGGUUGUGGAGACGUUGUUGGGAUACGGGGCCGAGGUUCACGUUCGAGGUGGAAAGCUUCGAGAAACGCCUCUUCACAUAGCCGCCAGAGUGGCGGACGGUGACAGAUGCGCGCUCAUGUUGCUUAAAUCCGGUGCCGGCCCGAAUUUGACCACGGACGACGGCCAGACGCCGGUGCACGUGGCGGCCAGCCACGGAAACUUGGCCACGUUGUUGCUGCUCCUGGAGGACGGAGGUGAUCCGAUGUGCAAGUCGAAGAACGGGGAAACGCCGUUGCAUCUGGCCUGCAGAGGAUGCAAGGCGGACGUGGUCCGCCACUUGAUCCGAUUCGUGAAGGAGAGGAGGGGCGCGGAGACGGCCACCUCGUACGUCAACAGUUUGACGAACGAGGGCGCGAGCGGGCUGCAUUACGCGGCCCAGAUCGAGCCGUCCGAGGUCGGCACGGCCGGGGACGACAGGGCGGUCAUUCGCGCCCUCCUCGAGGGCGGGGCGGACGUCUCUCUGCAGACGAAGCAGGCCCAGGAGUCGGCUUUCCACCACUGCGCGCUGGCCGGGAACAACGAGAUCCUGUCCGAGAUGAUAAGCGGGAUGUCGGCGACCGAGGUCCAGAAGGCGUUGAACCGGCAGAGCGCGGUCGGCUGGACCCCGUUGCUGAUCGCCGCCCACCGCGGCCACAUGGAGCUCGUCACGACCCUGCUCGCCAACCACGCGAGAGUGGACGUGUUCGACCUCGAGGGGAGGUCCGCCCUGCACCUGGCAGCCGAGCACGGCUACCUUCAAGUGUGCGACGCGCUGCUCGCCAACAAGGCGUUCAUAAACUCCAAGUCGAGAGUCGGCAGGACGGCGCUGCACCUCGCGGCGAUGAACGGCUACUCCCACCUCGUCAAGUUCCUGGUCCAGGACCACGGGGCCGCGAUAGACGUGCUCACGCUGCGGAAACAGACCCCCCUUCACCUGGCGGCAGGGGCCGGCCAGUUGGAGGUGUGCAAGCUUCUGCUGGAGCUCGGCGCGAGCAUAGACGCGACCGACGACCAGGGCCAGAAGCCGAUCCACGCCGCUGCCAUGAACAACUACGCGGAGGUCGCCCAGCUCUUCCUCCAAAGGCACCCGAGUCUGGUGAUGGCGUGCACCAAGGACGGGAACACGUGCGCCCACAUAGCGGCGAUGCAGGGCAGCGUGCGGGUGAUCGAGGAGCUGAUGAAAUUCGACAGGCAGGGCGUGAUCUCGGCUAGGAACAAGUUGACCGAGGCGACCCCCCUUCAGUUGGCCGCGGAGGGGGGGCACGCGGAGGUGGUGAGGGCGCUGGUGAGGGCGGGCGCCUCCUGCGCCGACGAGAAUAGGGCCGGCUUCACCGCCGUCCACCUGGCGGCCCAGCACGGCCACGGCCAGGUCUUGGAAGUGAUGAGAUCCUCCCAGUCCCUCCGUAUAUCCAGCAAGAAGCUUGGCGUUACCGCCCUUCACGUAGCCGCGUACUUCGGCCAGGCUGAUACCGUGCGAGAAUUGCUGACCCACGUGCCCGGCACGGUCAAGUCCGACCCUCCGACCGGUGGCUCCCUCGUCGGAGAAUUGGGCAGCGAAUCUGGAAUGACGCCUCUUCACUUGGCCGCUUAUUCCGGCAACGAGAACGUGGUGCGGUUGCUGUUGAACUCGGCCGGUGUCCAGGUGGAGGCGGCUACCACGGAGAACGGUUUCAAUCCUUUGCACUUGGCCUGUUUCGGGGGCCACAUCACCGUGGUCGGUCUUCUGUUGAGCAGAUCGGCCGAGCUGUUGCACAGCUCCGACCGUUACGGCAAAACCGGGCUUCACAUAGCGGCGACGCACGGCCACUACCAAAUGGUGGAGGUGCUGCUCGGCCAGGGCGCUGAAAUAAACGCGACCGAUAAGAACGGGUGGACGCCGUUGCACUGCGCGGCGCGGGCCGGUUACCUGGACGUUGUGAAACUGUUGGUGGAGAGCGGGGCGUCGCCCAAGAGCGAAACCAAUCUCGGGAGCGCGCCGAUUUGGUUCGCCGCGUCCGAGGGCCACAACGACGUGCUCAAGUAUCUGAUGGAAAAGGAGCACGACACUUACGCCUUGAUGGAGGAUAAGAGGUUCGUCUACAACAUGAUGGUGUGCAGCAAGAACAACAACAACAAGCCGAUCGAGGAAUUCGUGCUGGUGUCCCCGGCGCCGGUCGACACGGCGGCCAAGCUUUCCAACAUCUACGUGAAACUGUCCGAGAAGGAGAAGGAGCGGGCCAAGGACUUGAUAGCCGCCGGCAAGCAGUGCGAAACGAUGGCGACGGAGCUGCUGGCUUUGGCGGCGGGGGCCGACUCGGCCGGGAGGAUUCUCACCUCGAUGGACCGUAGGAACGUGGAGUUCUUGGACGUGCUGAUCGAGAACGAGCAGAAGGAGGUGAUCGCGCACACGGUGGUGCAACGGUACCUCCAAGAGUUGUGGCAGGGCAGUCUGAAUUGGAACGCCUUCAGAACGAUCCUUCUGUUCGUCGCGUUCCUCGUCUGCCCCCCGGUCUGGGUCGUGUUCGCACUCCCUCUCGGCCACAAGUACAACAACGUCCCAAUUAUAAAGUUCAUGUCGUAUCUAACCUCUCACAUAUACCUGAUGGUCUUCCUUUUGCUGGUCGGUAUAAUUCCUAUAUACCCGGUGGUAAGGGCGAGCCUGUUGCCAUACUGGUACGAGUGGUGCCUCCUCGUCAUGCUGUCCGGAUUAUUGCUCUUCGAGCUGACCAACCCUAGCGACAAAAGUGGAUUAGGCUGGAUCAAACUGGCCGUGCUUCUGUUCGGGAUUUGCGGGGUGGCGUUCCAUCUGAUGGGUUUCGUAAUCGUCCACCGGCCCUAUUGGCCAACUUUACUUUACCUCAGGAAUCAACUGUUCGCCCUGAGCUUUCUCCUCGCCUGUGUGCAGAUCCUCGAUUUCCUCUCGUUUCAUCAUCUGUUCGGGCCGUGGGCUAUCAUCAUUGGUAACCUGAUGAAGGAUCUCGCGAGAUUUCUCGCCGUGCUGGCCAUCUUCGUGUUCGGUUUCUCGAUGCACUUUGUUGCACUGAACCAAGCCUUCGAGACCCAAUCGGAUGGCGGAAGGCGGAUGGAUGACAAAAAGAAAAAAGGCGUCUUCAACGACGAUAUAUUAGCAGAGAGAGAGAAAGGGAGAGAGAAAUAACCUCCUCGAAUUUUACCCUUUGUCUUCUAUCCCUCGAAUAUACGUGUAUAUAUAUAUAUAAAUAUACAUAUACAUAUAUAUAUAUAUAUAUAUAUGAUCGUGGCCAAAAAAAAAAAGAUAAAGAAAUAGCGGCGCGGUCGAUGGGACCGCGAACAUACGAACAUAACACACGAGUAACAACGGAAUAUAUUUCGAAAUCUCAACUCGAUAGGAAUAGGAUAGGAAUAGUCCUUGUCCUUCGCAGCAUCUCGAUGCAAUCAGAUAGAGAUGCGAAACCUGAGGGAAACUUGCUAUUAUAAUUAUAAAUUUAACGCUAUCUCUUCGAGAUACCUCGAUGCAGGCCCCCCUCCCUCCUGCCCCCCACCCCGAUGAUAAUUGAUAAUUUCAAGCACCGAAGAGUAAGACUGUUGAGAAAGAAUCGUAAAGAGUCGUUAUCCCGAAUAUGCACCAUCUAGAAAACGAUCUAUUUAGUUAUCUCGAGAUAAACGCAUAAUCGGAACAAUUGCAAUGAUAGAUUUGUUGGCCAAUGUUACGGAAUGGAUGAUGGAGACGCCAUCGACGGCGCCUCCUCGUCGCUACGGCCGCUACAAGAAAAAAGAAUGUUGUGACGAUAGCUCCCGAGAUAGUAAGUUUAUAUAAAGUCUGAAAUCUGAGAACGUUAACGAGAACCACCAAUUUAACGGAACGGAACGCGAAGUGAAUGGCAAUGACACGUGCACAACGGAAUGCAGGACACGAUUCUUCUUGGUGUCGUAUCGUCUGCAUUUGUGCGUUUGCCCGAUGUGUGUUGCCUGCUGGGUUUGCUGCCUGAUUCCAAUAUUUACUACAUAAAUAUUUGCAAGAGUCGCGAGAAAUAUCUCUCACCCCGCUCUAACCUGCGCUGCGAUUCGGCCUUGCGACCAAUAAUCCUUCCACUCGACACUCCUACUCUGUAUACACGCACACACACACACAUACACACACAUAUAUAUAUAUGUUCCUUUACGUUCCUCCUCUAUGAUGGUAUAAACGCCACACGCAUUUCCGACGGAUAGAAAAAGAAAAAACAAAACUCGAUGCCAAAAAUCCCAAAUUUAUCCGGUCUCGAGUCCGAAUCGCAGCUAACUCGGUGUCUACUGCUUGAUCUCGAUCUCGAGAUUUCGGCCGAGUGUAGGUUGGCGACCACCGCCGGCUUCUUUCUUAUAUAUGUCACGGAGGCGCCAAUCGAGCGCGCGUUUCUCCACUAGCCUCUAUCUUGUGCAUCGUAUGUGCAUCUCUAUAAACAAACAAGAGCAAUGUUGUCUUUCUCGUUCGCUGUUAUCGAGUCUUGCGCAAUGCGUGUUUUGUGUGUCACUACAAUGAUCGGCCGAGUCGAAUUACUCGACCGAUAAAACAGUCGGGCUCAGUCCACGUUCACCCGUUUUUUAUCCCUCCAUCUUUCUCGCGAUUUCGUCCAGCCUCGGAUUCGACCAUCGUAUGUGCAUCUCGACUUUCCACUCCUUCUCGAACAAGCAUCCUCUUCUUAUCCAUCGAAUCCUUGAUUUUUUCGUUUGAAGUUGCGGUUGCUUUGCGUGUACUUUCCUCGUGAUAUCUUAGGGAACGUCUCUGUGAAACUCCCAGUCUUUUCCCUUGCAUGCGCACGGUAAAUAGUUCUCUUUCUACGUACGUGUUCGCUCGUGCGAUUACAUCGCCUUGCGGUUUCAUUUUGAAUGCUCGAAACAAAGGACGGAGAGUUAGAGAGUGCGAAAGUAUAUGUAUGCGUGUAUAUAUGAGAGAGAGAGAGAGAGAAUAGGGAGAAAGAAAAGAGAAAAAAAAAACGAUCGUCCUCUGCAUGCCGCAUCUCAUCGUCCAAAACAAACGAAUCAAUUGUGAACUCCGUGAGUUCGAAGAGAAGUGGGUAGAGAGAAGAACACGCGGGGAUUCCACGCAAUCGGAUGAUCGAUAAUAAUAAGUCAUACUUGGCUUUGUAGAUCCUCGUUGAGUUUGUUUUGAACGUAAAAGUAAAAAAAAAAAAAAAAAAAUGAAAGGAAUAGAAACGACAUUAAUAUAAUAUCGAUGAUAAUGAUAAUAAUAAUUAAUAAGAAAAUGCAUCACCCUGAUUUAAACGACAUCGAAAAAUCACACGACGUGGAUCGAAGCUCACGUGGAACGUCCGGCAUGCAUUCAACGUUAUCGCAAGCAUGGCCAGUCUGUAUUAGCAUGAGCAUGUUCGUACAUUCAUCGUUCGUUCGAUCGUUCGUUCGUUCUAAUGUACGUAUGAUAUAUAUAUCACACCCGCAUCCAUACAUAGCGAGUCCACCAGUAGCCAGCCUAACGGCACGAAGCAGCAGUCACAAGAGAAAAGAGUAUAAGAAAGAGAAAUCAAGAAACGUGUGUGCCUCGAAUUCCAGUAAAGAUGAAUCCUGUACUCGCCUUCGAAUAUCUGUUCUUCGCCGUCUUUGGUCAAACAACCCACGGCGAGCUGAAGGUCGAGACUAAUCAGCCGCAGUGGACCUCGGUCCUGUUCAAGUUGGCCUUUGGUGUAUACAUGUUGGUCUCAGUAGUCGUAUUAAUUAAUCUACUGAUUGCCAUGAUGAGUGACACCUACCAGCGGAUACAGGCCCAAUCGGAUAUUGAAUGGAAAUACGGGCUCAGUAAACUGAUCCGAAAUAUGCACAGGUAAGCCGGCAAAUGUGUAUCGAAUCGAAUUAAACAGACGAAUCGGAUCUCUUUGUCGAAAUUUAUAUAUAUAUAUGUAUUUCGACUAUUUUCUUACCGUUAAGAGAAUGAAAAGAAUGUCUUGCUACUUCAUCUUCCAUCUACUUUUCAUUGUUGUCAUUGAAUGGCUUUCGCGCCGCAUAUAUUUCUCCUCAUCGUGUAGUUGUUCUUCAUAAAAUAGAUCUACGGGAUAGGUUGGACACGCGAUUCCGUGUUGCAGAACGACCACCGCUCCAUCGCCCCUUAACUUGCUCACUACUUGGAUCGUGUACUUCAUCAAGGUGUGCAAACAACACGCCGCGAAACGAAAACGUCCCUCGUUAGUGCAUAUGAUGGGACUUCAGCGAGCUGCUCGUCUUUCGCCUAGAUCGAAGAUGGGCGCGAAAUGGUUGGCGAAAGUGAAGAAAGGUCAAGUUAGACCGAAGGACAGUGUAACUUUGUCUGUUGUACAUUUGAGUCCUCUUGGUAGUCAACUGUCGUUCAAUAGCGCCACCAGAAUAGAGAAUGUGGUUGACUGGGACUCGAUCCGUAAAAAGUAUUUAGCUUUGGCCGGAAAUGAGCCUGAAAAAGAAGCAGACAAGGAUGGUAAAAACGAAGACGAGGAGAACGAGGAUGAAAAUAUACCUAUGGUUUCUAACUCUUCCACGAUACCAACGACUACAACGCCACCUGUUUAAAAGAAGUUGCUCCUUCGCCUCGGAGAUAUAAAUAUAAAAAAGUUCGACCAAUUAUUAUCAAAUUUCAUUUUAGAUUUAUCGAGUGCGACAUGAUGCAUAAGUAUUCUUAUCGCGCUGAAUGUCGUAGUGAAAAUAAUUUUUAAGCGGAAAUAUUUAUUUUAGAUAAAUGUUUCGUAAUUAGAGUCGUAACAUUUGAAGGUUAAUUAAUUCGCGAGAUACGAAAAAGCUCGUGUCGUUUUGGAAUUUACGUAAGUAAUCUCACGAAUAUGAAAUAGAAAAAUACGAUUGUCAUAUCGUCUGUUCAUAAACAUUUGACAACAUGAUUAUUUACUUUUGGAUUGUACUAGAACUUCGCAUGGUUCUCUGCUAAAAUGCUAGGAUUUUUAAUUCGUCCAAAAUAAUCUGGUUGAUCCUUAAAAAUGUAUUCCUUAUUUUUUCUUUAUGAUCCUGAAAUAACGUGUUCUUUACGAACUAUUAUUUAAUCACAGUGAUACUAUGAUAAGUGUUAAACAUUGAGGACAACAAAAACACAUACGUAUCUACACAUAAAUACAUACAUUCGUAACAUCUACGCACAUAUAGACAGAUUGAAGAAUACAUCGCGAUACAUGGAAUUUUCACAAAACGUAUCGUUACCACGUAUUUCCAGUCAGGAUGAGUCCCGUAUUGGCCGUUGAGUUAUUGUUCUUCGCCAUCUUCGGUCAGACGACCCACGAACAAUUCAAGGUUGAAAUAACGCAGCCCGAAUGGACCAAAGUUCUCUUCAAGCUCACCUUCGGUAUUUAUAUGCUGGUUUCGGUGGUUGUGCUGAUUAAUCUUCUAAUUGCCAUGAUGAGUGAUACUUACCAAAGGAUACAAGCUCAGUCCGACAUCGAAUGGAAAUACGGAUUGAGUAAGCUCGUUAGAAAUAUGCACAGGUAAGGAUUUAUAAUUGUUGCUCAUUGGUAAAAAAAAUGCCGGAAUCUUCCAUAAUGUAUCUUUCGAGAAUUAAAAUUGAAAUAGAAUCGGUAUCGAUUUAUCGAUACUGCAACGUUGCAUGUCCGCGCAGGCUAAUUCGUUCGGUCGAUUGCGAAAAUUCUAAUUGAUUUGAGCUACGUUUAUCGAUGCGUAGGACAAAUACGGCGCCAUCACCGUUGAAUCUUCUUACCACCUGGAUGACAUAUUUGUUCAAACACUGCAAAAAACGCGCUGCGAAAAAACAACGACCUUCCCUUGUCCGCUUGAUGCAAAGAACUGACGCUCUUUCACCACGCUCCAAAAUGGCCACCAAAUGGUUAUCCAAAGUAAAAAAGACUCAAGCGGCUCAUAAAGAAAGUAUCGCCUUGUCGAUUGUUCAAUUAAGUCCUCUUGGCAGUCAAUUAUCGUUUAGUAAUGCUGUCAGAAUCGAUAACGUUGUCGAUUGGGAAGCGGUUCGACGAAAGUAUCGAGAUCUUUAUGGUGAAAAGAUCGAAAAACAUGCUGAAGAAUCGAAAGAUAUUAUCGAACACGACCCCCUACCGGCUGUUUUGGAAAGUUCAUUGGCCGGUGUUCCCAUUGGAAACCAAGCUGUAUCUACUUCUGUUUCUUGAAUCGAUUAUUCGAUUUUUCACAAUCGAUAUAUUGAUUAGAAAAUUGAUCUGUUUGAACAUAUUCUAUCUAAUUGAAUAUAUUCUUCUGAUAUUAAAUUAUUAAAAUAAAACGUACGAAUUUAUCAUUUUCCAAUAUAAAUGUACAAUCUUGCAUCUUGCAUUUGAUCUUUCUUGAAAUAAACAUCAGAGAUGACCGGAUCA